UCCUCCUCCAGAGCUGUUUACUGAGAGAGCGCAGCUCCUCUCGACGAAAACAAGGGCUGGACUCCAGCGAGAGGAGCGGUGUGUCCCAGCACAGGCUCUUCCGCCCUUUAAACAUAACGUUUUUGGACUUUGAAAUUGGCGACAUGUUUUCAGUUGCUUCACCCAGAUGUCUGUACAGGAGGUUCCUGCCUUUGCAGCUGGUUUUCCUGAGUGCAGCGUUUGUGCACAGCAGCGCCUCAAAUGGGGAUCAACGAGACUGCUGGAGCUCCUCUGCUGGUGACUACAGGGGCCAAACGCAAACCUCUUCCUCUGGGCUCACAUGUCUCAACUGGACCAGUGUCUCCCAGGAAUACGCUCCCCAGACUGGUGUGGGAGAUCACAAUUACUGCAGGAACCCAGACUCCUCUGAAAAACCCUGGUGCUACAUCAGUGGGCCCGAUGGCAACGCUCAGAAGCAGUUCUGUGCCAUCCAGCCCUGCCGAGACCAAACAUCAACUGCAGCAGCGUCAGAUGUUCAGUCCCUCCAUCGUGUAGAAGCAUCCUCAGCAAGCCUUCAGACAAACAAGUCAGGAUCCUCUCAGGAUGAAGGUACAGCUCGGCAGUCAGUGAUGGGGAUCAGUCAGCGUGUUCGAUCUGGCUCUAAGCAGAAGAAAGACCUUGGCAUGCUUGGCUACAUCCUAGGCAGCCUCAUGAUGGCCAUCAUCAUCAUCCUCGGAGCAGGAAUCACCCUGGGAUACUUCUAUAAGAGGGGACGCGACAUGAAGAAGCAGCACGAGCAGCGGAGGCAGGAGCGGGAGAUGCAGAGGAUCAACCUUCCUCUGUCGGCCUUCGCCAACCCCACCUGUGAGCUGGUGGACGAGAACACCAUUGUCAUCACUGCGCAGCAUGAGCCCACCCCAGUCAAGGAGGAGGCGGACGGCGCUGAUCCUCUCAUGGGUCAGCAGGCUGGUACCCCAGGAGCAUGAGCUCUUCCCCUCCCGGGACUCAAGUAUUGUUUUUCUUCCUGGAGGCACUGUCUCUUCUCUUAUCUUAGUGAGAAGGACAUGUUUGCUCCCAAACACCUUCCUCUUCCUGCCAUGUGUCAUGUUUCUUUUCAUGUUUUCAAAACAAGACACACAAAGGACACUGGUGACGACAACAAGCCGUCAUUCACCUCCAUGUGGAAGGUCUCUAAAAACUGUACAUGUCAGCCAAAAAGCUCUCACCUGCCCAUCAGUGUUUGAGUAGUCUGGGCUGGUUUUGCUUUCCAACGGUGUCAUGUGACGUUCUUUAAGUGCAGGUGCUCGCCACGUGUGCUGACCAGAGUGUGUGAGGAGACAACUUGGUCUGUUGCCCUUGAUAUACUGCACCCCUCUUGUCUGACAUAAUCACUAGCUGACUCGACCAAAGAUUUUACUCUGUUUACUGUCUGACACCUGAACCGUUAUAGAAGUGCUAGGAAUAUUUUGAAGGAUCACAGGUGAAGUAACUGAAGGGCCAACGAGAGCACCCCUCCCCCAGGUCUUUAGCUGGAUCUGAUUAAUGUUUACGCUCAUAUUUCAUUGGCCAAAUGGGGCUUGGCUCAGGAAAUCAAGUUGUAUAUAAUGUUACAUCUUGUAACCAAGGGAUGAUGCUCAAAAACAAGGAUGCAAAAUAAAACAAUUAAGAUGCAAUGCAAGCAUAAAUGUGGUGCCAGAAGCUGUUUAACAUCGCCGUACUGUGCAGUAUAUCUGGGGUCAGGGAGACACAAGUGUGUGUCACCAUUCACCUCUGACAGGAAGAGGGAUUCACCUGAGUUUUGAACUCAAAAGGCCUUAGCAUGAUAUUAUUGAAUGUAUUCUUCUUGCUUUGUACAUACUUCUGAGUAUUGCUGUUGAGAGACCCAGUAUGUCGUGAGCAGACACAUGGAGGACGCCAGUGUUUCUUUCACAGGUUAAGGAGUGACAGGACUUGUCUCAGGACGCAUGAGAGACGUGAGGUAGUCCUCAGGAAAUCGUGGUGCCUACAAGAUUCUUCUAUUGUUAUUAUAAGUUUGGACUUCUCAGGAGUCAACAAGGUGGAAGAGUGUUGUUCAUAUAAAAGCAUGCACUGCAGUAUUUUUGCAUCUUUUAAGAGGAAGACAUCAACUGUAAUGUCAGUCACUUGAUUUUGUUUUUUUUGUCUUGCAUCACUCCAGAUGUUUCUGUGAAUGGAUCGACAUCAGUGCUGUUACCAGUUCUUUUCAUUAAAGUGCAAAAAAGAA